AUGACACUGAUAUGGACUGUUUAUCGUAACAUAUAUUUACUUCUAAUUACUACAACAAUAAUUUUAUCACUUCCAAACAAAUAUAAUAAGAGUAACAUUUAUUCUAUCAAAAGAUAUGAACUUGAUCCAGAUCUAAAAAGUACAUUAACAAAUGUUCAUGGAGUAUGUUUUAUUAUUGGAUGGUUUUUUUUUAUUCUGAAUGGAGUAUUUUAUAUACGAUAUUACAAAUCAUUUUUUGAAAGCAAAAAUAUAUUAAAUCAAAAAAUUUGGUUUCAAGUACAUAGAAUAUUUAAUACUUUAGCAUUAUUAAUUACAACAAUUGGUAUGCUUUGUAUUCUAAUAAGGCAUAACUUUGAAUGGAUUGGACCAAAGAUUGGAGGUAAACAAAAUACAUCAUCUGGAGCUGUUCAUGCAAUGAUGGGAGUAUUCUCUUAUGGAUUAUUAGUUCUUCAAGUAUUAAUUUCAUUUCUUCGUUGUGCUCCAAAUCAUAAUAAUAGAAAAUAUUUUAAUUGGAUUCAUAGAUUUUUAGGAAUAUCAUCAUUUCUUUUAGCAACAGGAACAAUAACAAUAGCAGCCAAAUUUUUUGGUUCACAUUUUACAUCACCUAAAAAUGCAGAGAUAAUGCUUUAUGUUUUUUAUGGAGUUAUUCUUAUAACUAUUAUUGUUAAUGAAAUCUCUUUAAAAUUUGUUCUUAAAAAACAAAUGACAAUUACAUUAAUAACAUUAUUUUUUACUUCACUUAUUGUUUGUUCUUAUAUAAGUGCACUAAUUUUAACUUCAAAAAGAGAACAGUAA